CUUGUCGACAGUGAUAUGGAAAGUUUCUGGCAGUCAGACGGCUCCCGACCCCAUUGGGUUCAGUUUGCAUUCCCUGGCAUCGUCAAGAUCAACAAGGUACUUGUCUUCCUCGAUUACCUGAAAGACCGUUCUUUCACUCCCAAGAGCAUCUCCGUCAAGAUCGGCAGCAGCGAUAGUGAUCUGUAUCAAGUCGCCAAGUAUCAUCACAGACAAGGCCCAGGAGCAUGGGUCAAUAUCUUGUCUUCUACCACACACGCCAUUGAGACUUGUCUUUUGAGGAUUGUGGUGCAUGAGAACCAGGACACUGGAUGUAACAGCAGGAUCAGAGGAAUCAAACUCCUC